UUCCCCAGGCGCCUGCGCAUUGGGCGGCCGCUCUCUGCCGUUACCGCUAUGUGUGGGGCGUGUGUGGAAUAACGUUAUUGCCCAGCGGAGCUCAGGGCCGGGAACUCGACCGCAGCGGCAGCGACGACGACGACAGCGGCGGCGACGACGACGGGGUGGGGGGAGGACGGCGUGCGAGAGACUCACGGGACGCGACGCGCCCCGCCUCCCCCGUCCGGUCCCUCUCUCAGCGGUGAGGGGAUGACGUAGCUUUGCCGAAGACUUAGAAGCUAAGCAGAAAAUGAGCUUAACAUCCUGGUUUUUGGUGAGCAGUGGAGGCACUCGCCACAGGCUGCCACGAGAAAUGAUUUUUGUUGGAAGAGAUGACUGUGAGCUCAUGUUGCAGUCCCGUAGUGUGGAUAAGCAACAUGCUGUAAUCAAUUAUGACACUUCUACAGAUGAACAUUUGGUGAAAGAUUUGGGCAGCCUAAAUGGGACUUUUGUGAAUGAUGUAAGGAUUCCAGAACAGACUUAUAUCACCUUGAAACUUGAAGAUAAGCUGAGAUUUGGAUAUGAUACAAAUCUUUUCACUGUAGUUCGAGGAGAAAUGAGGGUCCCUGAAGAAGCACUAAAGCAUGAGAAGUUUACCAUUCAGCUUCAGCUGUCCCAAAAAUCUUCAGAAUCAGAGUUAUCAAAAUCUGCGUGUGCCAAAAGCCUGGAUUCAAAGGGAGCAGAUACAUCAGCAGAGGUGCAGCAUAAAGCCACAGAAGCACUGAAGUCUGAGGAAAAAGCCAUGGAUAUUUCUGCGAUGCCCCGUGGUACUCCAUUAUAUGGGCAGCCAUCAUGGUGGGGGGAUGAUGAGGUGGAUGAACAAAGGGCUUUCAAGUCAAAUGGCAAACCUGAAGAAAAAAGUCAUGAAACCGGAACAGCAGGGUGCAGCAUAGAUGCCAAGCACGUUGAGGAACAAUCUGCAGCUGCAAGUGAAGAUGUACUUUUCCCUCUCUGUAGGGAACCGAGUUACUUUGAAAUCCCUACCAAAGAAUUUCAGCAGCCAUCACAAAUAGCAGAGAGCACUAUUCAUGAAAUCCCGACAAAAGACACACCAAGUUCCCAUACAGCAGGUGCAGGGCAUGCUUCAUUCACCAUUGAAUUUGAUGACAGUACCCCAGGGAAGGUAACUAUUAGAGACCAUGUGACAAAAUUUGCUUCUGAGCAGCGCCACAAGUCCAAGAAGUCUUCUCCUGGAACUCAAGACCUACCAGGGAUUCAAACAGGAAUGAUGGCACCGGAAAAUAAAGUAGCUGACUGGCUAGCACAGAACAACCCUCCUCAGAUGCUAUGGGAAAGAACAGAAGAGGAUUCCAAAAGUAUUAAGAGUGAUGUUCCAGUUUACUUGAAAAGGUUGAAAGGAAAUAAACAUGAUGACGGUACACAGAGCGAUUCAGAAAAUGCUGGGGCCCACAGGCGCUGUAGCAAGCGUGCUGCUCUCGAGGAACACUUAAGGCGGCACCACUCCGAACAGAAAAAGCUGCAGAAGGCCCAGGCCACUGAGAAGCAUCAAGACCAAGCUGUUGUAAGUCAAACUGCUUUUAUGAUUGCAUUCUUUGACGAAGACAAUCCCAGAAAAAGACGGUCCUACUCUUUUACUCAGAGUGCGGGAAUCUUGUGUCAGGAAACUACUUACUCGACACCACAUACAAAACUUGAAAAAGCAAAAUCUCCAACAGCAGAUGCCAAAGUGGUUUCUUUGUCUUUCCAGACUAGCUCUACGCAUCACAGAGGGGGGCAUGGUGUUCCACAUGGGAAAUUGUUAAAACAGAAAUCAGAGGAGCCAUCGGUGUCCAUUCCCUUCCUACAAACUGCAUUAUUGAGAAGUUCAGGGAGUCUUGGGCACAGACCAAGCCAGGAGAUGGAUAAAAUGUUAAAAAAUCAACCUACUUCUGCCACUUCUGAAAAGGAUAAUGAUGAUGACCAAAGUGACAAGGGUACUUAUACCAUUGAGUUAGAGAAUCCCAACAGUGAGGAAGUGGAAGCAAGAAAAAUGAUUGACAAGGUAUUUGGAGUAGAUGACAAUCAGGAUUAUAAUAGGCCUAUUAUCAAUGAAAAACAUAAAGACCUGAUAAAAGAUUGGGCUCUCAAUUCUGCUGCGGUAGUAAUGGAAGAAAGAAAGCCACUGAGUACACCUGGAUUUCACAACUCAGAGGAAGGCACAUCUUCAUCAGGAAAUAAACGCUGGGUUUCACAGUGGGCUAGUUUGGCUGCAAACCACACAAGACAUGAUCAAGAAGAAAGGAUGAUGGAAUUAUCUGCACCUGUUCCUUUAGAGAAUGAUACAGACAUCAGUGAGUCUGGCAUUUCUGUAAGAAGUACUGGCUCAGCAACGUCCUUGGUCAGUCAGGGAGAGAGGAGGAGACGCACCCUUCCUCAGCUUCCCAGUGAAGAAAAGUCUAAGAUUAUAACACAGAGGUCAGAGAUAGGAGAAAAACAAGACACAGAACUUCAGGAGAAAGAAGCACCCACACAGGUAUACCAGAAAGAUAAACAGGAUGCCGACAGAGCCCUGAGCAAGAUGAACAGGGCAGUGAAUGGUGAGGCUGUUAAAACUGGCGGAGACAAUAAAACCUUGCUUCACUUGGGCAGCUCUUCUGGGAAGGACAAAAGUGAAACUGAUAAGGAAACUUCUUUGGUGAAGCAAACAUUAGCUAAAAUUCAGCAACAAGAACAGAAAGAACAGGCGCAGUGGACGCCUACCAAGUUGUCUUCUUCAAAAAAUGUUUCGGGUCAGAUAGAUAGGUGUCGGGAGGAAUCUUUUAAACAGGAGUCACAACCUCAAGAAAAAAUUCCAGGACACUCUACAAGCAAAGGAGAAAGGGUGAUACAAAAUGAGGGCAAGCGAAGAAAAGCUGAGGAGGUUCUGAAAGGUCAGUCUUCAAAGGGCGGAGACAAGAAGGAAUCCUCCAAGUCCUUAGUGCGACAAGGAAGCUUCACUAUAGAAAAACCUAGCCCAAACAUACCCAUAGAACUUAUCCCCCACAUAAAUAAGCAGACAUCAUCUACACCCCCUUCUCUAGCGUUGACAGCUGCCAGCAGAAUACGAGAAAGAAGUGACUCUAUGGAUACUGAUUCUAGUAUGGACACAACCCUUAUUCUAAAAGACACAGAAGCAGUAAUGGCUUUUCUAGAAGCCAAACUGCGUGAAGAUAAUAAAACUGAUGAAGGCCCAGAUACUCCCAGUUAUAAUAGAGACAACUCUAUUUCACCAGAAUCUGAUGUGGACACAGCUAGUACAAUCAGUCUGGUUACUGGAGAGACUGAAAGAAAGUCAACCCAAAAGCGAAAGAGUUUCACUAGUCUCUAUAAAGACAGAUGUUCCACAGGUUCUCCUUCCAAAGAUGUUACAAAAUCGUCCUCUUCAGGUGGUAGGGAGAAAAUUGAAAAGAAAACAAAAAGUCGUUCCACAGAUGUAGGUUCAAGAGCAGAUGGUCGUAAAUUUGUACAGUCCAGUGGAAGAAUAAGACAGCCUUCUGUAGACCUAACAGACGACGACCAGACCUCUAGUGUACCUCAUUCUGCGAUCUCUGAUAUUAUGUCCUCUGAUCAGGAAACUUACUCUUGUAAACCUCAUGGAAGGACUCCACUUACCUCAACUGAUGAGCAUGCACAUUCCAAACUGGAAGGAGGCAAAGUGACUAAAUCUAAGACUUCUCCCGUCACACCUGGAUCAUCCAGUAAGUCAACCACUCUUCCACGGCCACGACCCACCAGGACUUCCCUCUUGCGCAGAGCACGGCUUGGCGAAGUGUCCGACAGUGAACUGGCUGAUGCUGACAAAGCAUCUGUUGCCUCUGAAGUGUCCACCACCAGUUCCACGUCCAAGCCCCCCACAGGAAGGCGUAACAUCUCUCGGAUUGAUUUAUUGGCUCAGCCCCGUCGAACAAGGCUUGGCUCAUUGUCGGCUCGCAGUGACUCUGAAGCAACCAUCUCUAGAGGUAGUGCCUCCUCACGGACUGCAGAGGCCAUCAUUAGAAGCGGAGCCAGACUAGUACCUUCAGAUAAAUUUUCUCCUAGAAUUAGAGCUAACAGUAUCUCUCGACUAUCAGACUCCAAGGUCAAAAGUAUGACCUCAGCACAUGGCUCUCCUUCAGUAAAUUCAAGAUGGAGGCGCUUUCCUACUGAUUAUGCUUCCACCUCAGAAGAUGAAUUUGGAUCAAACCGUAAUUCCCCUAAACAUACUCGUCUACGUACUUCUCCAGCCCUGAAAACCACUCGGUUGCAGAGCUCUGGGUCAGCAAUGCCUACUAGUUCUUCGUUCAAGCACCGGAUAAAAGAACAGGAAGACUACAUCCGAGAUUGGACUGCUCAUCGAGAAGAGAUAGCCAGGAUCAGCCAGGAUCUUGCCCUCAUUGCUCGGGAAAUCAACGACGUAGCAGGCGAGAUAGACUCAGUGACAUCGUCGGGCACCGCCCCCAGCACCACAGUAAGCACUGCGGCCACCACCCCGGGCUCUGCCAUAGACACUAGAGAAGAGUUGGUUGAUCGUGUUUUUGAUGAAAGCCUCAACUUCCGAAAGAUCCCUCCAUUAGUUCAUUCUAAAACACCAGAAGGAAACAACGGUCGGUCUAAUGAUCCAAGACCUCAACCAACAGAGCCUCCUGAUCACUUAACAAUUACAAGGCGGAGAACCUGGAGCAGAGAUGAAGUCAUGGGAGAUAAUCUGCUGCUGUCAUCCGUCUUUCAGUUUUCUAGGAAGAUAAGACAGUCUAUAGAUAAAACAGCUGGAAAGAUCAGGAUAUUAUUUAAAGAUAAGGAUCGGAAUUGGGAUGAAAUAGAAAGCAAGUUAAGAGCUGAGAGUGAAGUCCCGAUUGUGAAAACCUCAAGCAUGGAGAUUUCUUCUAUCUUACAAGAGCUGAAAAGAGUUGAAAAGCAGCUACAAGCAAUCAAUGCUAUGAUUGACCCAGAUGGAACUCUGGAGGCUUUGAACAACAUGGGAUUCCCCAGUGCUAUCUUGCCGUCUCCACCAAAGCAGAAGUCAAGUCCUGUGAAUGACCACGGCAGCCCGGGUCAGACACCAACACUUUGCCAACCAGAAGCUAGGGUACUCCACCCUGCCGCUAUCCCUGUGUCGGCCGAAUUUGAGAAUGCUGAGUCUGAGGCUGAUUUCAGUAUACAUUUCAAUAGGUUCAACCCUGAUGGGGAAGAGGAAGACGUUACAGUACAUGAAUGACUUUCUCUCGGUUGUUAAAAAUAAUUACCUGUGGAUUGACUAGGAAUAUUGGCAGCAGCGUAGUGUUGACUUACACAAAACAAGACAGCUUGGUCAGCUACAAUCUUGUUAUCUCUGUCUUCUUAAUUUUAUUUAUUUAUUUUUUACCUGUGACGUGGCAUCCUAUUAAUCCUUGCAGACCAUUAGCGAACCACUUGAUGCACACGUAGGCAAAAGCAGAUUGUGGCAGUGUUGCCUUUUGUGGUUUUAUGAUUUUCAAAUUGAAUUCUGUAAUUGCAUCCUUUCCCUUCAUAGAUCUUUGUUUUUUUUCUUUAAGCCAUGCUGUGACCUACAAGCAAAUUAAAUACCCAACAUUUCUGACCCCCAUGUCUUCUGUGCCAAGCUGCUCCCUGAAAUGGACUUCUUCUUCAUCUGUACAGAUUUGUUAAACACUUAUAUUUGCUUCUUAAUAAUAGGAUUUAUAUUAGUAUUCAUUACCAUUGGAUACAAUGACCUGUUACUCUCCACAGUCAAACUGACCUUUCAAAAUAGUCCUUCUUGUGUUCUGAAAUUUUCCAGCAUCUAUGUGAUUUAUAUAACCUUGUUGCUACGUAAAUUGUCUUGGGGUUUACGGAGAUGAACUAUUAUGUUUGCACUAAGAUUUGCCGGGAGUGCUAGGUGGACAUAGCUAUAUAUCAAUAAGGACUAACUGUCUUUUUUGUACAUAGGAGAUUGAUAAUACUGUAUUUGUUUUAACCCCUCAGUGUUUUACUCCACUUUCAAAAAGCUUAAUCUGGCACUUUUUUUUCAAUUUUUUUUAACGGAAGUAAGAUUUUGUCUCAUUUUAGGGCAAAUGAUAACUAGAAAGAUUAAACUGGACUGCUUAGGUGGAGUAUAUUUUUUAAUCUGACAACACGUAUAUUGGUCCUGUGUUACCAAGUUUAUAUGUGACAGUCGAAAAAAAAUUCCCUUGAAAUGAUCAUGAAGUUAAAAUUUUCUUCAUUAGGAGACUUGGAGAGCCAGUAGUCAUAAGAUUAGCUGAUAGUUUCACUCCCAAGCAAUGAAUUGCUUCUGUGUGUUUCCCUGUAGGACCCAGUAGUAAAUCCUGUCCGUCUUAUACAUUUGUAAGGACCCUGCAGGACAGCAACGAUGAAGGCUCGGGCCUGUGCUACUGAACAGGAAGCCUGUGACAGAUACCUUCUGUAAACUUGUCUUUUCUCUUUCCAGUAAGUUUACAUUUGGUUAAGUUUUAAAAGAAAGUAAUUAUCUUUGUGUUUCCAGAACACUAUAAUUUGGGUGAAUCUUAUGAAUUCAUUUAAAUAUUACUAGCAGACUUGGAUUUUCCCCUUGACCCCAUCAGUCUAUAAAGGUUAAAACUGCAACUUUUGCACCUUGUACGAAAUGGUCUUUAAUAUUUCAGCAAUAAUCCUAUACUACAUUUGUUUCAAGAAACAAACUAAGUCCAUGCACUUCAAAAACCUUACAAGAUUUAAAAACUCCUGUACUGUUAGGCCAGUUAAUAAAGAUGCAAAAAAAAGAAAAAAAAAAAAAAAAAGCCUUUUGUAGAGAUGUAAAAACAGAAGUCUGUUGUAUAAUGAAUCUCAUAUUUUUCUUUAAAUUAAAAAACACGGUAAAUGAACUAUUCUCCUUGUAAAGCUAACUUCUCCAUUCUGUCUGAUAAAGGAAGACUGAAGAGAAGGUUUUAAAGAACAUGAAUGGAAUGAUACAAAUGCUUUGAAGGAAUAAGUGAAACAUUAAAACAGGGUCAAUAUCCAUUUGAA